CUAGUGAACGACGAUGAUGAAGAAUUUAAUCUCAUUCGGCCAUCGCUGAUCCAGCAGUUGAAAACCAUUCUAGAUCAGUACCCUGACGAUGGACAGAUUUUGAAGGUAAGAAAUGUGGAAGGCUUAAGGAGACCUGAGUAUCUGUUUAAAGAGAGGUAUUUCUUUUCACCUUCUUGUAUUUUCGUUUUCUGAGUAAUAUCAGAAGUUGGGAUAAUCUAACAAGGAGAACCUCUUUAACAUUGGGCUUGAUGAGAUGCGACGUGAAGAGUUUAGAUAAGUAUGACGAGACGCAAUGAGAUGGGAUGAAAUGGUAAAAGAUAAGAUGAAGUGAUGUGAAACGGAUGGGCUAUGCGAUGAUUUUGCCAUGGAGAGAAAGACAGAAGGAAAAUGAGAUGCGAUUAGAUGAGACAAGAGAUAGCAUUGGAUGGUUUACUAAGUGAGAUGAGAUAAGAUUAAUCAAUCGGUUAAAAAAAAAUCAAAAUCAAAAUUAGUAGUAAUGUCUAACUAGAUGCUAUAAAGUGGAGUUAGAACUGUGCAUCCGGAGAGUUUAUGUUUAAUAUAUUAGAAGAAGUGGAUCCGUUAUAAAGAUACUCAUUGACAAAUUGAGCCGUUUAAGCUCCUCUUUUUUUGAUGUGCAUUUGUGUAUUAGGAGCUCAUCCAAAAUGCCGAGGAUGCGGGAGCAACUCACGUAAAAUUCCUCCAUGAUCGGCACAGCUAUGGAACAGAGAAACUGCAUAGUGAAGGACUUGCCCAGUUCCAGGUAAUCAGUGAAUGUUGUCGUAAACUCUCAGAAGGAAUGAUUUUUUUUGUGUUUUCGUUUCACUCCUCCUGUAAGAUUUAUUUUUUUAUCAGGCAAGGGGUUUCGCAUUAUGCCCCCUCCCCUUUAUUAGUUUUCUAACUCCGUUCCUCACCGAAGAAUUUACCCACAGGUCACAGGUGAGUGUCGUCUUCAGAAUGUCUUCCGGCGUAAUGGUCCAUAUUUACAAAAGAUAUAAACCUUAAAAAAAGACAGUCGUACUAUAUUUGCGUUUUUAUUCUAUUUAGUGAGCAGUUCCUUACGACUGGAUAUCACUUAACUGUGUGAAGAUACUGUGAGUCAGAUUUGAGCACCCGAAAGACUGCAACUCUUAGGCAUAUUGCGAUAUGGGCAGCAAGCCCACUCUCCUAUUCGACGAUGUAAAAGAGACUCCUCAUGUCAAAACGUCGGCUCUGGGUUGUGUUUUACUUCGCAUGGUGUUCUACAUUUACAACUUUAAUCUAUAACUGUUUCCCAUUACAUACAUUAGAUGUUUCUUAUCAUUUUAAUUAAUGUUCACUAGGGCUCAGCACUCUACGCCUACAACAACGCCGAGUUCACCAAAGAGGACUGGAAAGGUAUCAGGAUGCUCUGUGACAGUAUAAAAGUCAAAGAUCCAAUGAAAGUUGGUCGGUUUGGUCUCGGUUUCAAAUCGGUUUUUCACGUCACAGGUGAGAUAACUAUUAUGUAUUAGAGACCUUUAGCAUCAGGUUUUUCAUGGAAAACCGCAAACCGCAGUGUCACGUGACCACGGCCUUGCGGUCACGUUUGCAGCUUGCAGCUCACGUUUGAACCGCAGGAAGGGCUUCCAGCGGUAAGUGAUUUACGGCAAGGUUUUCUUGCCGCCAAAAAUUGUACAGCCUCCCGUUUAAAGGCACGAACUAGCUUUUUUAUAUCCGUUUGCGAGGUGUUUGGUGGAUUUUUGAUCUCGAAUCAAUGAAUUAUUCCUGUUUUUUGGGCGAUUAAAUUGAUGCAUUUCGACUUGAUGAAAAACAACAUGGCGGCACUAAACAAUGAACGCGUAGUUCAAAUCGAUUUUAUAUUCCUUUCUGUCUUACUAACAUAAGAACGUUUUCUGUUCCAAUCCAGAGUUAAUUUUUUCUUCUAUGUUGUUACUGAAUUCAUAACUUAACUCAGUCUCUGUUAAAUCUGUAUAGUUCCUAUUUUUAACGUAUCACUCCGCGAAUUUCAUUUUAUUUUCCUUAUUUCUUUGUGACUGGGAAGCCCAGACUUUAUAAGUCUUCUGCUUUCUUCCGGCCUCCCUUAAUUGCAACCUUACAAUUCCUAUAUGUAUUCUCGUAUUGUAUUAUAUUUUGGCUAAAUAAAAAUGAACUGAACUGAACUGAACGCCUUGCUAAAAUUUGAAAUCUCGGCAACGUGAAACUGCAAACGCCUAACUGCAAACUGCGGUCUGGGGUUUUCAAUGAAAAACCUGAUGCGAAAGGUCUCUAUUUAUCAGACCUCGACUGAUCAUGUUGUAAUUAAUGGCAGCAAAAGCUGACUGAAUUAAUCAUUACUUAUUCCAAAGGUCAUUACUGUUCAUUACAUUAUUGAACAAAGCACAAUUAUAUAUUAUUAACAGUCGGCAUCAGUGGGGUUCUUUUCUACCACUUCGUACAUUUAACCUAUCGCCCACAAAGAUGCCAAGACUUUCUCAGUUUUACGACACUGGCUUUUGGGGAAAACCACCGGACGGCUUGGCAUUCUGGCAGCACAUUAAACAAAAGGGGGGGGGGCAUUUUUAUACGGCCGAUUGAAAGAAUAAGCCUUACCCUAUUUAUUUCUCAUUCACCUGAUAUGGGUAAAUGAUUGGUUUUUGUAGUCUCUUUUGGUGAUAAAAUUGCGCUCGCAUUCGUUAGUUUUUAAUGUGUACAAUACAAAGUUUAAAUUAAACAUCAAAUCGAUUAAAGUUUAAAUUCAUAGGCAGUGAGCAGGGGGGAGGGGGUUUCCGUAGCCCCCACGAACAAAACUUCGGAGGUCAUAGCACCCCACGUCUUGGUGCCGAAAACAUGGCUAGUACAGCAUAAAAAUUGGCAGCAUAUUCAGUGUCGAAUGUAAAUCUCAAGAACCACCUAAGAGGCACCAUGAAGCAGCACCGCCGGAACAACUGCCUACUGAUGCAUUGGCACAAAUCCAUUACGGACGUAUUAGACGCUGUGAAGAUUGCAAAGAGGUUUGCUUGUACCAAUGAAAAACGCAAAGUGCAUUUUGAAAAAUUUGAGUAACGGUUCGCACAAGGCUGAGUGAAGGAUGAGCACGGCCCCCGCUUCGAAACGCCACGCGGCGUCUGAAAUCCACAUCCUGGCUAAAGUUCAAAACUGUCUGAAUUUUUGAACAAAAUACCCCGGCCUUAGAAUCAUUCUUUCUAUGGGAUUAAAAUAAUACCGUCAACUUCCCAUUAGAAGCCCUGGGCUUAGACAACUCCGUAAGGAGGUAUCAGGAGGGCUUAUUCAGAUACAAACAAGGGGGGCGUAUAACCAGACUAAAAAACUAUCUCAAAACAAACUACUUAGCGGUGCUGAUCAAAAUACUUUUUUGAAUUUGAUGAUCGCUUUUUUUUUAAGUUUCAAAGCGUCGUUAAAAGUUGAAUUCAUUUCAAUACGUGUUAAAGGGGGACUUAUAACCAGGUGCAUUUUUUUGUUUACGGGUAGUUUGGCUGUAUAUAGGGGGUGGGGGACGUUUUAGGUAUGCUCUUUCGUGUGUUUGGUUUUGUUACACCGACUUGUAACACCCUGACGUCUUUAUUCGUAACAUCUAACCUGGACGCCAUCCUCGCCCUCAGAUGUGCAGAACGUUGCCGUAGCAAUGUUGUAAUGUCGCACAUGCAAUCAUAAAUUCACACCGAAAUUUCGCGCCAAAAUUAAGAGGUAAUGUUUUCAGCCAUGAUAUUAUAGCCUUAAUGUUUUACUUCAUUUAUUUUUUCUUCUUCAUUUUUGUAGAUCUACCGAGUAUAUUAAGCGGUUCACAGAUCGGUGUUAUAGACCCACACGAGGAGUACUUUACCGAAGGGAGAAAUCGACGAACAGGUUACAGCUGGAGAAUGAAGAAUGAUCGUCACGUCAUGGACAAUAUACCAGACCAGUUUGCCCCUUACAAAGGAAUAUUUGAAUGUACAGAUGAUGUUUUCUCCAGAGGCUGUUACAACGGUACUCUAUUUCGCUUUCCACUACGACACCGACCCUCUGACCUUUCUCCGACUCUCUACUCCGCUGAAAAGGUGCACACAUUAUUUGAGGGAUUCAUGGCUGACGCACACGUAAUCCUCCUUUUCUUGCAACAUCUGGAAUUUAUCGAGCUGUACGUCCGUGAGGAACACGACGAUCAACCAAGAAAAACGUUUCAAGUUGGAAUCACAGAUGAAAGCCUUCGUUUGGUGCGAGAGAAGAGGAAGGAGUUUCACAACAAAAUCUCCACUGGCAGUCUUUUGCCCCAUCCUGUCCAAGUAACCUAUCCGAUAAACGUUGAGACUGUACACUUUUCUAAAGGCUCAGAAACCACCAGACAGAGUCAUUCGUUUCUUGUAACCAACUACUUUUGUGGCCAGGAGGUAUCGUCUGACUUUCAAACCCUGGCUCAAGAUCAAAGCCUUAGCUACUUACCCUUAGUUGGUGUUGCCAUGGCAUUACCAACAAGUCCCAGUGAACCUACUCCGGAGAUUCAAGGCCACGUGUUUUGUUUUUUACCGUUACCAGUUCAAAAGACAAGCCUGACAGGUUUGCCGGUUCAUGUGAAUGGCUUCUUUGCCUUGAGUCAGAACAGACGUUAUAUCAAGUCUCCAAACGCAGAACAGGAAGAUCAGGAGCUAACUGACAAGUCCCUCCUAUGGAAUAGGUGUCUUUUGAAGGAAGCUCUACCCAAGGCAUAUGCAACGAUGCUACUAGAAGCCAUCAACGAGAAGAGUUACAAUAUACAAGAAGAGACCGUUUACAGGUAAGGCUAAAAUGUGUUAGCCUCUAUGAAAUAAAAUACUUUAGAUACUUUAUUGGCGGAAAAGGGAAACCAAUUGCGAGAGGAUAGUAUUUCUUUAGCUACUUCUGCCUGGAACACCUCAUUCUCACGCAAAGUACGACUAUGCACUUGGAAUAUAGAGGACAUUUUUUUCGAUUGUCUCGGCCCUUACAUUCUAAUUUUUACGAUAUAAAACCUUUUUUGGCCGCCCAUACAGCUAAAAAGUUUGGUUCACGCUCAACACGCCAUAAAAUUCAGGGAUGCCCCAGGUUUCGAUCACAGAGGUGGGCAGCAAAAACCUGUUGCUGUCAAUAUUGACAUAAGGUCUUAGGUUCUGGUGCAAUGGUACGUUAACUAAUUGCAGUUCCCGAAUGCUGUAUUCUAUAGGGCAUGGCCUAAUAUCGACGCCAUCGACCAGAAAUGGAAGAGAUUGCAGAAUCCCUUACUCGAGAUCUUAUGCUCUGCAAAUGUUGUAUACACUAAGGCUAAUGGAGGGAAGUGGCUGAAAGUGGAAGACGCUGUCUUAGACACACUUGAUGAACACCAGCCGAAGGAUUUGCUCGUCAGUGUGUUGCUAGAAGGACAUCAAAAUGUGGCCUCCUUGCCCGACCAUGUGUUAAAGGCUUUUACCGCGGUCAGCAAUAAACCAUUUAUUAAAGAGAUUACUCCCAUGUUGGUGAGGCAAAUCCUCAAGGAAAGUCUUUCAAGCUACAGGAACCAUGGGCGAAUGGAGAAGUUGAAACUUUUAGCGUUCAUCCUAAACUGUAUAGACGAGAACUUCGCAGACCUAGUUGGACUGGAGCUGCUGCCCGUAUCCAAUGGUGCCUUCAAAUGCUUUGCAUCCCCCUCAAACUGUGACGAAGCAGUUUAUGUCUGCUCACCCGAUCAUCCAAGGAAAAUGUUUCCUUGUCUAGACCACCAGUUCCUGGAUCAAAACCUGGACCAAAAUCUUUUGGAAAUUAUGGAGAAAGUUGCAAAGAAAGGUAUGAACAAUACGAGAAUGUUGUGAAAUUUGUCUACAGCUGAUUCAAAGCUUCAGCUAAGAAAAUGUUAGAGUUAUACUACUGUUCUGGGACUGACAAUUAUAUUUCGCUCUGCCCCACUGAUCAGUGCUGUGAGGAAUAGUCGUACUGGUACAACGUUUCGUUAAAAAUAACCAAAAAAUUUCAUUUUAACAUACCCAGCAUCUAAUCCUUCCUUUUUGUAUUGAGUUAUUCCCAAGAACACAAUAGAUUUUAGUAAUAAAAUUAAGGAAAUAUUAAAAAAGAUAAAGACGCACAAGAGCUGAAGGCCCAAACGGUCGGACGNGUAUGUCGCCGGUACCCAUUUAUACACCUGGGUGAGGAGAGAGAAAGUGGAGUAAAGUUCCUUAUCUAAGGAUACGACGCGACGGGCGAGGCUUAGGGAAUAGGGAAUAGAAAGAAAGACUAUAACAGCCGGUGGGUGACAGUGUUAAUUUCAGGUCAGGAAAUUCAGAGAAUUCCGAGAAACAUGCAUUUUUGUUCUUUCACUAACUCUUGGCGAGCUUUGAUUAAAACAGUUAAACCUUCUUAGUAAAGAAGACGUGGCUUCCCUUCUCUCAAAUUCGUUGCCACCAGAGUGGUCACAAGGAGAGACAAUUUUGUGGUAUCAUGGAUCAGAUUCCUACAACCAUCCAGGAUUAGAUUGGCUUAAGCUCGUGUGGAAUUACUUAAGGACGAACUUCGCCUCGAAAGAUGAGCUCCGCGGGUUCACAGGUCUCCCCUUGAUUCCACAUGACGUAUCACAAGAACCAAUCAGCCUUGCUAGACUUCAACAGCCUUCUAGGAUAGUUGUGAAAAGUCUCUACGAUAAAUUUCUCGAUGAAACGCUGAUUCAGUUCUUGAGAGUCCUUGGUCUAGUUAUCAUUCAAGAGUGUCCAUAUUACCUAACCCUUCACCCCGCGGUCAUCAAUGCAUUUAUUUACCCGCCAUCACCACAUGGUGUCUUAAAGGCGCUGUCGGCUUGCUCAUCGGUUGUAGGAUCUAACAAGCAUUCACUGACAGACGAAGGCAAACGCUCCUUAAGGAAGUUCUUUUCAAAGGAAUCUUCGCUAGAACCCCAAGCAAAGCAGCUUCUCCGUACCCUUCCUUUGUUUGAGACGCUAAACAAAUGUUUUGUUUCUGGGGAGGAAGAUCUUUGUGCAGCACCACCAGAAGGUUCUUAUCCUGUACCUCCUCGGAGGGUUCUCAUUGACGUCACACACGACGACUCAAAGAGGUUGGCGCAUCUGCUAGACAUCAGAUGCUUAUCACCAACAGAAUUUUUUCUUGAAGUUGUAUUUCCAGAUGUCAGAGGAGGAAAUUAUUCUAAUGAAGAGGUCGACCAGGUUAUGGGAUUCGUUAUGGAGCGGUUUCAAGUUUACGCCAGGGAAGAUCCUCGAUUUGAAGAAGCGCUUACAAAUUUGCCAUUUGUACCGAGUGAAAGUAGACGGGAAAGAGCUAUGGACUUGUUCGAUCCCGGGAUUGAGUUGCUGAAACGAAUGCUCGCCGAAGAAGAUGUUUUUCCAGUUGGUGAACAGUAUACGAACCCCACAUCCCUCGUGGUUCUCAAGAAACUUGGUAUAAAAAGUGAAAAGGAAAUUAGUGCAGAAGAUCUGUACCGCAGUGCCAGAAAGAUCUCUCAAAUGCCAAAUUUGGACGAAGCAAAGAAAAAAUCGGCAACCAUUUUGUCAUAUUUAGACAGUAAUUCAACGAAGCUUCAACAAACUGUUUCUGGGGUAACGUUGACACAACUUUUGCGAGACGUUCCAUGGGUAUCAGAAGUGAAAGAAAGGCCCUUCGGUGGUCCCGUUAGCUUUUACUCAACUGAAGAAACAAGUAAACGCCACUUUUACAAACCAACGGAAGUAACAAGUGACGAUAAAGUUAAUCUCAUCGGAACAGUAAAGCCCAUUGUAACAGUAGAUUCUUCAAGUCAAUUAGCAAAAUGUUUCGACUGGGAUAAGAUGCCGGAAGCAUUAGACGUGGUGCAACAUCUUAGAAGUGUGGUCGCUCACUAUACCCAGGAUAAAAAGCCCUACUAUAUUUCAGUUGUCAAGGACAUUUACUCAUUUCUAGAUCAGAUCGCUGAUUUUCAAGUUAUCAAGGAAGCUUUGCAGGGAACUGAAAACUCGAUCUGGAUUUGGAAUGGAGAUGGUUUUUCUUCUCCUGAUGUUGUCCUUUCCGUAAGGCCUCCAAUCGAUCUUACUCCGUACGUUUGUUCUCUUCCCUCAGAGGUGCUGCAGUUUUCAAGCUUUUUUUCGAAGUUCGGAAUGAGAGAGCACUGCGAUGCUCUGCUUUUUGUACAAGUUCUUCAACUGAUAAAACAGAAGUAUGAAUCUGGAGACGAGUAUCCAAGCACGGAGGUAAAAAGAGAUCUCCAGUUAUCUGUAGACAUUUUGAAUGAGAUUAAGCCAAACGUUGGAGAACAACUACCUUCAGAGAUUCAAGAGAAAGUCCUCAUCCCAACACACGUAGAAGGAGAUUCCUACGUAAGGCUUGCACCAAUUAAAGAUUGCAUCUACUGUGACCGCGAGUGGCUAGAAGAUGGUAUACCUGCUGAAGAAGAAAAUCAUUGCUUUUUUGUGCAUCAAAACAUCUCAAAUAGUACUGCAGAACUUUUACAAGUUCGUACUCUUAGAAAUCAAUUAUUGGAAGCUGAUGAGAUAGGAGAUGAAUUUGGUCAAGAAGAAAAACUCACUUGCAGAUUAAACAAACUUCUGGAGGAAUACACAGAUGGUUUCUCAGUACCAAAGGAACUAAUCCAGAACGCAGAUGAUGCUGGUGCCACUGAGGUCAGAUUUCUUUACGACGAAAGAACCAAUGAAGAUGCUAUGACCUGUCUGAUUGACGAAGGAAUGAAAGAAUGCCAGGGUCCUGCUUUGUGGGUUUACAACAACGCUGAGUUUAGGGAUGAGGAUUUUGAAAACAUUACUAAACUCAACGGUGGCACAAAAAAACAAGAAACCGACAAAAUUGGAAAGUUUGGGCUUGGUUUUAAUACGGUCUAUAAUCUGACGGACGUUCCUAUGUUCCUUAGCAGAAACUACUUUGUGAUUUUUGAUCCCAACACCUUUUAUCUUGGAAGAGCCAUCACAAACAAGAGCAAACCAGGAAUAAAAAUUGACGUCAACAAGAAUCCGGAGAGAAAGCGAAGGCUUAGAAACCAAUUCAAACCUUUCAAUGGCAUCUUUGGGUGUGAUCUUCGUUUGAACAAAAAGGACAACUCAUUUCAAGGUACCCUCUUUCGCUUCCCAUUGCGAACUAAGAGGCAAGCUGUCAGAAGCGAAAUUAAGCAAGAUUAUUACGGCCACAACCAAGUGAGGGAGCUAUUAGAGAUUUUCGUUCGCGGGGCGAAAACGUUGCUCUUGUUUGCGCAAAAUGUCCGUCAAGUCAGCAUAUUUCAUUUGCCGAGAGAGUCAACAGGGCAGACACAACCCCAACUGAUAUUUCAGGUGACCAAGGAAUUAUCACACUCAGGAAUCAUGAGAGAGUUGUCUGUUCCCAUGAAGCUGUCAUUGCAUCAGAGCAAUGUUAGCACAGACGACUUACAACUUUUAAAACAAUCUAACUUUCUACGAGCAUCAUCGCAAGUUUUAAAGCAUACUAAGGAUAUGAAGGAAACCAAUGACUAUUUACUGAGGUCAGCGAUCACAAUCAACGUAAAAGGCACCCUAACUGAAAGCGGACGCGUAUUCUUUGAGGACAAAAUCUCGCUGCAUAAUUCAUCCGAGCUUUGGUUUGUUGCCUCAUCGAUGGGCAAAGGCCAAGCGAUGCAGUUUUCAGUGAAUGACAGGAGCUUGCUCCCAGCAGCUGCAGUUGCUGUCAGGUUGUUACCUCAGGAGAGUCAGAAGUUUGUACCGGAACCUAUUGUCAGUCACGCCACUGGAGGUAAAUCGCAUCAUAACGGUUCAGUGUUCUGCUACCUUCCACUCCCAAUUCACAGUGGUCUCCCAGUUCAUAUAAAUGGAACAUUUGCAGUAGCUUCGAACAGACGCCAUUUGAAGCAGAAAACAGAGGACGACAAAGCCUGCCCUGAAGAUGAGUGGAAUAAUGUUCUGUUUCAAGAUUCUGUAUGUACCGCCUACCUAGAUCUUCUGGAAGACAUGAAAACUAAUGCUACUACGUACUGUUUUCACUCUCUGUGGCCCAGGUCGUGUGACAUAGAGCCAUAUUUUGAACCACUUGCGCGUUCGUUCUAUCAGAAAGUUGCUAGUGGAGGCUAUUCCCUUUUCUCAGAUGGAGACACUUGGGUGGGCAUCAAUCAAGUGGUCUUUCUGGAGCCAAACUUUCGUCAUGAUCAACGGGUUGGAGACAUAUCAGUCGCAGUAUUACAGAAGAUGGUCAUUGAAAAAGACGUUGUCGUUGAUCUACCAGUAGAAAUUUUACAGUCAUUUAUUGCCUAUGGUCUUAGGGAGAAAAUCCAAUUGAAAGCCUACGACAGAAGUAGGUUUUUCCGUGAACUGUUUUUCCCAAACAUUGGCUCCGUAACGGCAGACAAACGAGAUGAAUUGAUGUUAUUUGCAUUGGAUGACUCAAAUGGAGAAUUCGAUGAAUUAAUAAAAACCUAUGCCUGCAUUCCGGCUUCACCCAGUGGUAAAAUCCUCAAACGCCCAAUGGAACUUGUUCACCCAAACAAAUCAGCAGCCUCGCUAUUUCAUAGCGAAGAUGAAAGGUUUCCUUAUGGAACUACUAAGACCUUCUUAGAUUCUGUGAGACUUGCAAAACUUGAAAAACUUGGAAUGAAGGCUGAAAAGGGAAUCACUGCAGAUGAUAUCUACGACAGUGCCAACAAUAUUCGUCGAAUGUUAAAGUCUUCGGAAGCAAAGCAGAAAUCAGAGAACAUUAUGACGUUCUUAGAAAGCAAUCCGAUGAUUCUUCGACAAAAUGUUUCUGGGGAACCGUUAGCACUUCUUCUGCGAGAUAUGCCUUGGAUAUCUGUAAUGGAGGAAAUGCCCUAUGGUUUACCUAGAAGUCUUUAUUCACUUGUAAAAGAUCAAGAAGUCCCUUUCUACAAGCCCACAGAGGUCACAAGUAACGAUAAAGUAAAUCUCGUUGGAACAGUGAAGCCAAUUGUAAGAGCAGAUUCAUCAAGUCACUUGGCAAAUUGUUUUGGCUGGGAUAAAAUGCCAGACGCAUUGGACGUGGUGCAACAUUUGAAAACUGUGGUCACUCACUAUACCCAGGAUAAAAAGCCCUAUUACAUUUCAAUUGUCAAGGACAUCUACUCCUUUCUAGAUCAGAUCGCCGAUUUUGAAGUUAUCAAGGAAGCUUUGAAGGGAAUUGAAAACUCGAUCUGGAUUUGGAAUGGAGAUGGUUUUUCUUCUCCUGAUGUGGUCCUUUCCGCAAGGCCUCCAAUCGAUCUUACUCCGUACAUUUGUUCUCUUCCCUCAGAGGUGCUGCAGUUUUCAAACUUGUUUUCGAAGUUCGGAAUGAGAGAGCAUUGCGAUGCUCUGCUUUUUGUACAAGUUCUUCAACUGAUAAAACAGAAGUAUGAAUCUGGAGACGAGUAUCCAAACACGGAGGUAAAAAGAGAUCUCCAGUUAUCUGUAGACAUUUUGAAUGAGAUUAAGCCAAACGUUGGAGAACAACUACCUUCAGAGAUUCAAGAGAAAGUCCUCAUCCCAACACACGUAGAAGGAGAUUCCUACGUAAGGCUUGCACCAAUUAAAGAUUGCAUCUACUGUGACCGCGAGUGGCUAGAAGAUGGUAUACCUGCUGAAGAAGAAAAUCAUUGCUUUUUUGUGCAUCAAAACAUCUCAAAUAGUACUGCAGAACUUUUACAAGUUCGUACUCUUAGAAAUCAAUUAUUGGAAGCUGAUGAGAUAGGAGAUGAAUUUGGUCAAGAAGAAAAACUCACUUGCAGAUUAAACAAACUUCUGGAGGAAUACACAGAUGGUUUCUCAGUACCAAAGGAACUAAUCCAGAACGCAGAUGAUGCUGGUGCCACUGAGGUCAGAUUUCUUUACGACGAAAGAACCAAUGAAGAUGCUAUGACCUGUCUGAUUGACGAAGGAAUGAAAGAAUGCCAGGGUCCUGCUUUGUGGGUUUACAACAACGCUGAGUUUAGGGAUGAGGAUUUUGAAAACAUUACUAAACUCAACGGUGGCACAAAAAAACAAGAAACCGACAAAAUUGGAAAGUUUGGGCUUGGUUUUAAUACGGUCUAUAAUCUGACGGACGUUCCUAUGUUCCUUAGCAGAAACUACUUUGUGAUUUUUGAUCCCAACACCUUUUAUCUUGGAAGAGCCAUCACAAACAAGAGCAAACCAGGAAUAAAAAUUGACGUCAACAAGAAUCCGGAGAGAAAGCGAAGGCUUAGAAACCAAUUCAAACCUUUCAAUGGCAUCUUUGGGUGUGAUCUUCGUUUGAACAAAAAGGACAACUCAUUUCAAGGUACCCUCUUUCGCUUCCCAUUGCGAACUAAGAGGCAAGCUGUCAGAAGCGAAAUUAAGCAAGAUUAUUACGGCCACAACCAAGUGAGGGAGCUAUUAGAGAUUUUCGUUCGCGGGGCGAAAACGUUGCUCUUGUUUGCGCAAAAUGUCCGUCAAGUCAGCAUAUUUCAUUUGCCGAGAGAGUCAACAGGGCAGACACAACCCCAACUGAUAUUUCAGGUGACCAAGGAAUUAUCACACUCAGGAAUCAUGAGAGAGUUGUCUGUUCCCAUGAAGCUGUCAUUGCAUCAGAGCAAUGUUAGCACAGACGACUUACAACUUUUAAAACAAUCUAACUUUCUACGAGCAUCAUCGCAAGUUUUAAAGCAUACUAAGGAUAUGAAGGAAACCAAUGACUAUUUACUGAGGUCAGCGAUCACAAUCAACGUAAAAGGCACCCUAACUGAAAGCGGACGCGUAUUCUUUGAGGACAAAAUCUCGCUGCAUAAUUCAUCCGAGCUUUGGUUUGUUGCCUCAUCGAUGGGCAAAGGCCAAGCGAUGCAGUUUUCAGUGAAUGACAGGAGCUUGCUCCCAGCAGCUGCAGUUGCUGUCAGGUUGUUACCUCAGGAGAGUCAGAAGUUUGUACCGGAACCUAUUGUCAGUCACGCCACUGGAGGUAAAUCGCAUCAUAACGGUUCAGUGUUCUGCUACCUUCCACUCCCAAUUCACAGUGGUCUCCCAGUUCAUAUAAAUGGAACAUUUGCAGUAGCUUCGAACAGACGCCAUUUGAAGCAGAAAACAGAGGACGACAAAGCCUGCCCUGAAGAUGAGUGGAAUAAUGUUCUGUUUCAAGAUUCUGUAUGUACCGCCUACCUAGAUCUUCUGGAAGACAUGAAAACUAAUGCUACUACGUACUGUUUUCACUCUCUGUGGCCCAGGUCGUGUGACAUAGAGCCAUAUUUUGAACCACUUGCGCGUUCGUUCUAUCAGAAAGUUGCUAGUGGAGGCUAUUCCCUUUUCUCAGAUGGAGACACUUGGGUGGGCAUCAAUCAAGUGGUCUUUCUGGAGCCAAACUUUCGUCAUGAUCAACGGGUUGGAGACAUAUCAGUCGCAGUAUUACAGAAGAUGGUCAUUGAAAAAGACGUUGUCGUUGAUCUACCAGUAGAAAUUUUACAGUCAUUUAUUGCCUAUGGUCUUAGGGAGAAAAUCCAAUUGAAAGCCUACGACAGAAGUAGGUUUUUCCGUGAACUGUUUUUCCCAAACAUUGGCUCCGUAACGGCAGACAAACGAGAUGAAUUGAUGUUAUUUGCAUUGGAUGACUCAAAUGGAGAAUUCGAUGAAUUAAUAAAAACCUAUGCCUGCAUUCCGGCUUCACCCAGUGGUAAAAUCCUCAAACGCCCAAUGGAACUUGUUCACCCAAACAAAUCAGCAGCCUCGCUAUUUCAUAGCGAAGAUGAAAGGUUUCCUUAUGGAACUACUAAGACCUUCUUAGAUUCUGUGAGACUUGCAAAACUUGAAAAACUUGGAAUGAAGGCUGAAAAGGGAAUCACUGCAGAUGAUAUCUACGACAGUGCCAACAAUAUUCGUCGAAUGUUAAAGUCUUCGGAAGCAAAGCAGAAAUCAGAGAACAUUAUGACGUUCUUAGAA